UCGCUGUGACGUCAUCCUUCUUUUUUUAUCAUACGGAGUGGAGCAACUGGGCUAGGUUUAGGUAAAAAACACACGACCCGAGGGGGUUUCCACAGACGAAAAAAUAGCUGCAAACCGUUCAUAAUAUUAUUAUUAAUAAUAAUAAUAAUAAUAAUAAUAAUAAUAAUAAUAAUAAUAAUAAUAAUAAUAAUAAUAAUAAUAAUAGCCUAAUAAUUUACGCAUCUGACCUAUUUUUACAAGGAGGACGUUGCACUGGGCAUUAGCUGUCGUUGUGUGUGUGUGUGUGUGUGCGCUGCCGUGAACAAAAAAAAUGCUGAUUUCUCGAAAGCUGAGCAAAUUUGGGACGUCCUAAUAGUGUUGCAACACUCUGGCGAGAUCUUUUUUAUUUUUGAUGCGCUAUACAAACCAGAAGGGCAGAAAACACACAGCGGCGGCUGCUGGAUUUGAUUGUAAAACAUUAUAUAUUAUUAUUUUUUUUAAAAAAAAAAAUCUUGGAAAAUAGCAUCGUAAGGUGCGUUCACCGGCGGAUUUCUGUCGCUUUUCAAAGGAGGACUGGACACAUUUUAAAAGGAAAUCAUAAUAUUCUCUACAUUUUGUUUUGUUUUAACACCUUGGCGGAUAGCCUAUACCUACGGAUUAUUUUUAUAUUCAUAUUAUUGCACGAUUCCUAUGAAGGCAAACCGGAUUACAGCCGAACAGAUAAUACAGGCGUGUGUCAGUUCAAUCGCUGUCUGUCGCCGUCAAAUCUUCACCACCCAGAUUUGAAUUUCCCCGGAUAGCGUUUGAUACAUGAGGGAAAAGACAACGAGCCACAACGCCAGCGGAGCGCAGGAUGAUGCGGCGCUGCCUUUAAAUAGAGGUCGGGGCUUUAAUACAAAAACGACCAAUUAUUAUUACUGUAUAUAAAUGUGCUUAAAUAAAUAAAAGACAACAGUGUAAUAAAUGCACAUUGUUAACUGAAUUAUUUCUGCUAAGAAAUAAAUAAUAAAGAAUUAAAAUAAAGACGGUUUUUUUGGGGGGGGGGGGUCUUAUUUUGACUUUCAUCAACUGGAAAUACAGAUUUUUUUUUAAAAAAAAUAUCAGAUAUAAAGAUGGGAAGCGACAGUGAAGUUUUGAACCGGGAGCUUUCUAAAAUGACAGACGACGACUUGUUGGCGUGCAGCAAAGAAUUUCUGGUCCAGCGUUUGAGAAAAGAGGAAUCGGAUAAGAUCUCCACCCUCAUCCAGCGGGGUCGGCUUAUAAAAGAGGUCAACAAGCAACUGCAAGAACACCUGCUGGAGAUACGAGAGCUCAAGGUGGUCAACCAGCGGCUGCAGGAGGAGAACCUGGAGCUCCGGGACCUGUGCUGUUUCCUCGACGACGACCGGCUCAAAGUGAAAAAGCUGUCCAGAGAGUGGCAGCUCUUCGGCCAGCACGCCUCCAAGGUGAUGCGGGAAGACCUUGCGGGCUUCUUGAAGAAGCUGGCCGAGCUCGAACGCCUCCAGGAAGGGCUGGUCAAGGAGAAUUUGGACCUCAAGGAGCUGUGCUUGGUUCUGGAAGAGGAGUGUGUGAGCCGAAGCGACAACAGCCCGGCCGGGUCGUCGGAACUCAACCUGCCGUGUUUGGCUCGGGAUUUCGGGGACGGCAGUUCGAGUACCGGCAGCGUUGGAAGUCCAGAUCAGCUGCAUAUUGUGUGUUCACCGGAUGACUGAACAUAAUAAUAAUAAUAAUAAUAAUAAUAAUAAUAAUAAUAAUAAUAAUAAUAAUAACAUAAAAACACAACUAAGAAGAACAAGCAGCUAUUGGUUUUAAUAUAACGCUGGAAUAUCUGAAGAACGCGUUGAGAAAAAAGCAAACAGCUUUUUAAAAAUGGUGUCUGUAGUUCUUAGCAGGUGACCAGAGAGACUGUCUAUCGAGGGGGGAGGUCGUGUGCACUACUGGGGGAAAAAAAUGUAUAUAUAUAUAUAUUUGUUUGUUUGUUUGUUGGGGGGGGGGGGGGGGGGUCGGGGGUGCAUUUUAUUUCGUGCAUUUUAAAAAUGAUAGAUAAAGCUCGCUACCCUCGCUGAAGAAACCGAGUUAUUUUUCCAAUGUGGUUUAUGUUGUGUUAUGUAUCCCAGUGCUGUGACCGUAUCAGCUGCAGCUGCUCAAACGCCGCAAGCCUCGCUUUCUGCAAGCGCACCGGCCUUUCAAAGGAAAGUCAUCUCCUCUGUCAUUUCCAGACUAGCAUUUAACUGGGAACAUUUUGCAAACACUGUGUAGAGCAGUCCUAUCGCACAGCAGGGUGAUCCAUUCCAGGUUUUACUGCUACCAGCUUGAUCAGCCCCCCAGUGUGUCUAGCUAACAAGCUCAGGUGUGUCUGAUUAUUAAACUCCCAGUGAAACCAGGACUGGAUCACACUGCUGUGCAGCGGGAGUCUGAUUCCCAUCCCAGUACUCUAAUCUGCUGUGGAGAGCGCAUUUGCCAUUAGACAGCAGGCAGUACGUUUUUAGAAAUGACAAUUAAGGUGAAUCUGGCUAAUUGUGAAAUAACGUCAAACUAUUUAGGUUGGUUUAAGCUACCCUCAGUUAUAUUAUAAAUUGUGUUAGUUUCUGUUUUUUCAAUUUUGCAUAUCACCUUUUAUUUAAAAUCAAUUUGAAUCAUAUUCUGUCUUUACAAUAAAAAAAAAUAUGAUGAAUGCAUCUUUAUACUGUAUGAGGUGUGAGAUUUAAUUCUAGAUGCCCGCCAAUCACAUUUCGGUGUCUUUAGGGUCAGAGCCUCUUAUUGGCUGCAAAGCAUGUCAGUCAAUAGGAACAAGCAGCUGAUUGGUUAAUACACAAAGGCCCUGAAGCGGGUGGGAGCAAUUUCACCCGCUGGGUGAACCUUAAAAGCACGUGUUGCAAAGAGAGCUUUCUUUAAUAUCUGAUGUGUUGAUUUAAAAUGAAAAUACGUGUGUUUCUUUCGAAACUGCACAUUAGAAGCCAGUAUACAGCACUGUGCAAAUGUAUUCAAGCGCCCCGUUGCUUCUGUAGUUUUAAUUUGCUGUGCAGAUGAAAUCAAACCUCUGGGACUGGAAAUCUGGGGGAAAAUUGUCAAAAGAGGCAAAUUAGCGAUGGUCUGAUUUAAUUGAUGACUUUAAUAGGCCGCACAUGCAAUUCAUUUACAACAGCAAGAGAAAGAGCACAGCCAAGUACAAGGUUGUCCUGGAAGAAAACUUGCUUCCUUCUGCUCUGACAAUGUUCCCCAACUCUGAGGAUUUGGUUUUUCCAGCAGGACAAUGCUCCAUGCCACACAGCCAGGUCAAUCAAGGUGUGGAUGGAGGACCACCAGAUCAAGACCCUGUCAUGGCCAGCCCAAUCUCCAGACCUGAACCCCAUUGAAAACCUCUGGAAUGUGAUCAAGAGGAAGAUGGAUGGUCACAAGCCAUCAAACAAAGCCGAACUGCUUGAAUUUUUGCGCCAGGAGUGGCAUAAAGUCACCCAACAUCAAUGUGAAAGACUGGCGGAGAGCAUGUCAAGACGCAUGAAGGCUGUGCUUGAAAAUCAGGGUUAUUCCACCAAAUAUUGAUUUCUGGGACUCUUCCUAAGUUAAAACAUUAGUAUUGUGUUGUUUAAAAAUGAAUAUGAACUUAUUUUCUUUGCAUUAUUCGAGGUCUGACAACACUGCAUCUUUUUUUGUUUUAUUUGACCAGUUGUCAUUUUCUGCAAAUAAAUGCUCUAAAUGACAAUAUUUUUAUUUGGAAUUUAGGAGAAAUGUUGUCAGUAGUUUAUAGAAUAAAACAAAAAUGUUCAUUUUACCCAAACACAUACCUAUAAAUAGUAAAACCAGAGAAACUGAUAAUUUUGCGGUGGUCUCUUAGUUUUUUCCAGAGCUGUAUAUAUUAUUUCAAAUAUAUAUGAUCUGCAAAUUACAAAGUGACUUCAUGGCUUCACCCGGUCCCAGGACCGUGUGGAAAUCUGCAUACACAGCUGGGCAGGAAGAUGGUUCCUGUGUGGACAGGAAGUGAACUUCCCGUGAUGUCAUGGCGCUGGUCGGCCCGGUUUAUUCCUCACAGGAAUUCCUGAGGAAAAACCAAGGAACCGCACCCAAAACAACAUCCUGGAAAAAAAAUAAAGACACUGCAUCCGACCGGAGUCUUACUCUGAACUUCCUUCGAGAAGCCUCGCUCAGCAGUCGUUACAUAAAUCCAUUCACAAGUGGGUUGAUUUUAAAACACGAGGAAAAAAAAAAAACAACUGUCCUUCCCUCACCUUUACAACAGAGUACCAAUCCACGGCAAGCCCCCGAGUGUUUUAAAAGCAGAUUGGAUAAUAAUUCGCCUCUGGUUACAAGCUCUGGACUUUAACCACUGGAUCACACUGCCUCACAAUAAUGUAAAAAGUUUAUCCCAAAUAUAACCGUUUUUUAAAAAAAUUAAACACACACAUAUACAGCUCUGGAAAAAAUUAAGAGACCACUGCAAAAUUAUCAGUUUCUCUGGUUUUACUAUUUAUAGGUAUGUGUUUGGGUAAAAUGAACAUUUUUGUUUUAUUCUAUAAACUAUUGACAACAUUUCUCCCAAAUUCCAAAUAAAAAUAUUGUCAUUUAGAGCAUGCAUUUGCAGAAUAACAAAAAAGAUGCAGUGUUGUCAGACCUCGAAUAAUGCAAAGAAAAUAAGUUCAUAUUCAUUUUUAAACAACACAAUACUAAUGUUUUAACUUAGGAAGAGUUCAGAAAUCAAUAUUUGGUGGAAUAACCCUGAUUUUCAAGCAUAGCUUUCAUGCGUCUUGACAUGCUCUCCACCAGUCUUUCACAUUGAUGUUGGGUGACUUUAUGCCACUCCUGGCGCAAAAAUUCAAGCAGCUCGGCUUUGUUUGAUGGCUUGUGACCCUCCAUCUUCCUCUUGAUCACAUUCCAGAGGUUUUCAAUGGGGUUCAGGUCUGGAGAUUGGGCUGGCCAUGACAGGGUCUUGAUCUGGUGGUCCUCCAUCCACACCUUGAUUGACCUGGCUGUGUGGCAUGGAGCAUUGUCCUGUUAUUUUGACCAGUUGUCAUUUUCUGCAAAUGCAUGCUCUAAAUGACAAUAUUUUUAUUUGGAAUUUGGGAGAAAUGUUGUCAGUAGUUUAUAGAAUAAAACAAAAAUGUUCAUUUUACCCAAACACAUACCUAUAAAUAGUAAAACCAGAGAAACUGAUAAUUUUGCAGUGGUCUCUUAAUUUUUUCCAGAGCUGUAUAUAAGUAAAUAUAUAUCCACAAACA